GUCCAGCCUGAAUGAGCUCGAAUCUGAAAGCGAUGAUGAAAGAUGGCAGCCCAACGUUGACGAUAGAACCUCGUCUUAACACUCGCAGCUAUGGAAGAUCCUUCCCCCGGAGAGCCGGAGAGCAAGGGCAAGUCACCUGUUUUUUGCCUCGCCAUGAACCCUGCGACGGGACGACGGGACGACGCAUACGCGUUUUGCAUCGCCACAAAAUGCCUUCGAAUUCUUUCUUUCCCCCUUUCUCAAUACGGUCCUUGCCAUGUUUUCUUCCUUGUAUUCUUUGUAGUACUACUCAGUUCUCCAUCUCUUCAAGCUACGAACCUUCAAGCCUAGAAAUAUAUUUUUUACAUCAUCCUAUACUUGAGCCACAAUGUCAGCCGCGGAGCGGGUACUAACGGAUCCAAUAUUCGUCUUGAAGAUUCUCAAAACGCUGUCAUCAAUGAAAUACAAGGUGAAGAGACAAUUUGCCCCGGAGACCCCGGUGGAAUGGCUCGAAUUUCGCCCUACACUCGUUCCAAGCAUCCUCGUCUCUCGACUAUGGGCCAGCGAAGGUACUUCUGUGCUCUGGGAGAAUUAUCCCCAUCUUCUCGCCAUGGCUGAUAUGCCAUUGAAACGGAAACAAUAUUAUGCCAACAAGAUUCGCAAAGUAUUCAUCAUGAGUCCGCUGCCCGGGAGUCCUAUCUCCUUGGAACAUCUCAGGGAUCUGCAAUGGCCAUUGUUGGAGAGUUUGGAAAUGGACAUCAAUUUUGCGUGGCAUGGAGACCAGAUAAGAAGUAUGAUGGGUCCGAAUCUGAAACAUCUCGAACUCUCAGGAUACCAGAGUGAGGGGGCCGAGUAUUUCGGGCACUUCGUGCUACCUACGAUAUUUGGCCUCUGUACCUCCCUCGAAAGCAUCCGCUUUGGUCCGGCCCCCAUCGGCCCAGAAGACCGUCUUCCUUCAAGCUGGCUGGAAGAAAACAUGUACUCAGUCCCAAGCAUCACCUCCAUCGCCCUACGCACCACCCGCUUCACGUAUACCACACCCCUUUUCAUGCACCUCUCCGCCUACCCCAAUUUGGCAUCUUUAGAGGUCGAAAUUGAGCCUGGCACCGCCCUCCUCCCGUUUCUCUCCGAGCCUCCUGAACCAAUCUUCACCACUCUCACCUCUCUGAACACAAUGAUCUACCCUGAAGUAGCUCUGGCCCUUCUGCCACACCUCCACGCGCUUGAGAACUUGCAACUGGAUAUCUGCAGAGUCCCAGACCACCCCGCUGUAGCCUCUGACAUUGGAAUCCUCAACGAUCUCCUCAACACGCUCCCGAAUAUGCCUCAUCUAAAAACCCUCAAAAUCGGUAUCGGAGCGCUGUCUGAAGGUCUCCCAUCCCUCAUCCACCCUCUUAAACUCAGCGGAACCGCACUCAGAUCUCUACCCACGAACUGUCCAGACCUAACAGACAUCACCAUUUUCGCCGCUGAACCAGGCACAAUCGACGGGUCCUCCAUAUCUCCCUCCGACUUCUCCACCUUCUGCGCCGGCCUAAACCUAAGAAACCUCUCCUUAAAGCUACACCCCUCCACAACAAACCACCUCUCAGCCACCCUACUAUCCAGCCUAGGCCACUGUCCCCUUCUCACCACCCUCAAAGUCGGCGUUGUGCUCGACUUCACCCAAUUGUCCCUCGAAACUCCCACCUUCCCCAACCUCCUUGAACUCAGCUUCACGCCGCCAGAGUUUCUCGUACAAGACGAACCCACUGAAGACGAGGAAGCAUAUAUCCGCACAUUCGCCGCGGGACUUGAGACGUAUUUUCCCGAGCUCGAGAUCCUGGAGGCGUGGGGUGGGGAAGAAGAGGAUCUGGCGUAUGUGGAGCCGUUUGAGAACACGCUGGCGAGUGUGUGGGAAUUCUUGACGGGGCAGCCGCAGGAUCUGUGGGAUGAGGAUGAUUUGGAGGAGGGGGAGGAUGGGUAUGAGGAGGCGUUUGGGGAGGCGCUGCCAAUGCGGGUGGGGCAUGGCGGUACUUCUGAGGGGCUGUUGUUGGAGGUUUGAACUUGAGGGUGAUGGAUGGGAUAUGAAAUGAUAUAUUUUUUGGAAGCAAAAGGGUGGUUCUACAGGCUAUGGGGGUGCGCGGGUGCGUGAUGAAGGUAUAUAUGAUGAGUGGGUUUGGGAGUAUUUACGUUCAUAUAUACACAUGUAUUUUCAGUUCCCUCAAAUAUACAAUGAGAGUAC